AUGACAAAAUCCUCAAACAAACAGAUGAAAUACUUCUACAAUCUUCCUGAAGACCUUGUGGUGCGCGUCUCCUCGUUUCUUCCCAUCAAAUCACUUUCAAAAAAUCGUGUUGUGUCCAAACUAUUCAGGCACGCACAAAUACGAUCUCUCGAUCUUGAUUUUAGCGGAAUAUCCUCUGUCACACAGAAUCAGUCAGACGCUAUUAAUAUCAUCCAAAAUGUUUUCAACAAACACGAAGGAUCAGAGAUUAAUCGAUUUGUUUUAUGUCUCAAAGAAAUCGGCGGGGAGGAAUCGAUAACCUCGUGGAUCAACACGUGUAUUGGUAAAAACAUACAAGAGAUAGUGUUAGAUUUCUCCAAAUCCAAGGAUGUUAUGGAGAUCUCGAUCGAUUUCUCAGCCAUUGAAACGCUAACAGUCUUAAAUCUAAGAUGGUGUAAAUUUGAAAUACCAAAUAAUUCUCCUAAAGGUCUAAAGCUCUUGAGGAGCCUCUCACUUAUGCGGACUAAUGUGACGAAAGAGAUGAUCAAUGCAAUAUUCACAAACUGCAAUGACCUUGAGUUCCUCGAGCUAAUUGACUGUUCUAUGUAUGGGCUAUUGAGCAUACCCGCUCAAAAUCAUAAGAAGUUUAAAUCGCUGGUUGUGUCGUCUAUGCCAUAUCUCAUGGACAUUGUUUCUUGUGCACCUACUCUCGAAUACUUCAAGUAUGAUGGAUAUGUCACAAACGUUAUAUUUUUAAGAACCGAUGCACUUAAGGAGGCAAAUCUCAACUAUACAAGGUAUCGCCGGAUUUACGAUUCAUCUGAGAUAGUGGUUUCUAACAUGAAACACUAUACAAAAGUGUAUGUCCUCACAACGACAAAUAUCUUUCUUGAGGCUCUUACAAAAAGAUAUGUAGGAGGACGAAGACUCGAAAGAAAGGGUACUUUCAAGUUUGAAAACUUAACAGAUUUCAAGAUCUUCUUCAAAGCUCCAACAUUAUGCACUCUUUUUGACAUCGUUGAAUUUCUCAAAAAUUGCCCUAAACUCAAGCGAGUUGUGAUCGAUAUUCAAAAUUUCACAUUUGCACAUCGAUUGGAGUUUUGGCAAAUUCAUCAUAAGGAGGAGAUUGAAAACAACAACUCCCACUUGAUGUUUCUUAAUGAAGUUAAGAUCAUCGGCUAUAAAGGCCACUGGCAUGAGCUUGAUAUAGUAGAGUUCUUUGUCAAGAAUGCACCAUCUCUGGUGAAGUUGGAGUUGCAGAUGCCAAAAAACGCAAAAACCAAAGUUCACGCACCAGAUUAUGGAAGGAUAAAUUUCAUUAAAAGCAUAUUUCCAGCGAUUAAAGUUACGGAGGUUUAAACUCUAGUUGGCCUAAGCAUGAGAAUGUAAUAGCUAUUUGAUGUGUUUGAAACAUCACAACUCUCCCUUUUGUUUAUGAUAUCUUCUUAGAUUUAAAUUCCAUUUUUAAUUUUAAUA